AUGACUCAUACGUCCAAGGCGGCUACUCUCAACCGACGCUUUAUCACGUCAUACUUUGAUCUGGCCCAUUACUGGCUACCUAUUCUAGACAGAGAAGCCGUUUACGACGAAGCAGCACGUUUCAAUCUGGACGAGGCAGGUAACCAUGACGCAUUUGCCUUGUUGCUCCUUUAUAUUCCUGCGCGCACUUUGCUACAAUGUGGCAUUAUCCUGACGGCAUAUGCAUGCGGCCAUGGUAUGACCAAAGAGGCAUAUGAGACAUUGACAAUAUGUAUCGGUCUUAUUCGCCGUCUCAGCAUCGACGACUAUGUGACAGCAGGACCUAGGAUGGGAGCGGACCAUAGCCUUUACGAUCACUUAGAAUUGGACCUCUGCUGGAGUGGGAUAAUUCUACUGGAUAGGACUAUUGUUCUCUCCAACAUCGACCAUUGCCUGCCAUAUUUGCUAGAAGCGAGCCAUAUUCCGCCAAACUCUGGCAUCUUUCAGGCAACAAAGUCGGACCUCUACAGCCAGGAUGCUAUCCGCAACCUGUUAGCACGAGCAGAGCACGUUCUCCGCCUCGGCGACAUGCUAAAGAAUAUCAAUGGACCCGAUGCAGAAAAGUAUGAAGCGGUAGAAACGGCCGUAUGCAAUGAAAUUGCCGACUUUAUUCGUACCACAGAAGGAGGCAAAUUCCCUCUCUGUGAAACGGUUGCUAUGGCACUUAGUGCUUUAAUCAUGCUGUAUCGCAAGCAAAAUUAUUAUAGGAUGUCGAUCGACAACUUCAACGUUCUCAGAGCAGUCUUGACAUUUAACAGCAUACAUAACAUGAUCAUGGACACAUGUCGUGACGAAGCCGAAUGGGUACAGGCGCACGGCUGGUCUAACAACAGCAGGCCGUGCUUCCUUGGACUUUGCUGCUUAUAUGGUGCUGCCGCUCACUUGGACGAGCUUCGCGCGGAAGGUUUAGCGAGAGAGGAUAUUUGGACCCUGAGAAAUUCCUUGGCAGAAUUCUCAAAUCGCUGGAAACUUGGAGAUCAUGCUGGAGAUCGCCGCCCUGACCCCAAAGCCAAAACAGCCGUUCUUCUCAGUUCCGGGCCAUUUUGUUGUGCCCCAUCCUCGGACUUUGUCAUUUUGGAUUUCAUCUUGGAGAUUUGGGUGCAACCCAUUGAUAUCUGA